GCGCACGCUUCUGCUGGCGCUUACUGGGGCGUAGCGCACAACGCGCACGGAGGCGCUGCAAGUCCUCUUAGACCAACCACCACUGGAGCUCGAACUAGAUCGAUUAAACACCGAGUUCGACCUCUUCCAACGGCGACGACCCGUCACUUUUGGCCGUUCCAGUUACGCCCCGGCCGAAGUGUUGUUCCAGCGAGACUGUUGGCGCGACCACCCAUCGGAGGCGCGAGGCUUCGGCUUCGAGCGCCUACAAGCACACGAGGCGGCGAGCGCCGCCAAAUGUCCGGGCACCCACCUUUACACAGACGGGUCGUUCACGUCCCGGUCGGCCGGAGCCGCGGUGGUAGUGCUGACGCCGCGUGAGAGGAUAGUCGCCGUGCGGCGGUACCGGCUGAGCGUCGCGGCUAGCGCGUACUGUGCUGAAGUACUCGCCUUUCAAGAGGCGCUUGACUACAUCCUUUCGCAUGAUCCGGCGCCACCGUUUUAUGUCUACUCGGACAGCCUGUCUCUGCUCACGACACUCGAGCGCCCUACCACCAAGGACACCCGGAUGCACGCCAUCAAACAGAAGCUUCUGCGCCUGGAGAAACGCGCCCCGUUCGUUCUACAUCACGUCCCCGCCCACAGGGGCGUGUAUGGCAACGAACUGGCCGACAUGGCGGCGAACGCGGCGGCAUCACGAGGCAUUUUGAGGCGCACGCAGUUCACGUUGCGCGUCGUGCGUUCCUCGUUCCACAGAGAGACGACGGCACGAUGGAACGCUCGUUGGUGGGCUGAUCACAGGGAUACGGCGUUAUUUCAGUGGGUCCCUGUGACGUUCUGCAUCCCGCGUUUCUUUCCGCCGUCGCGUCAAUUGACUACUCUGUUGACCGCGCACGGAAGAUUUCCGUAUUACUUCGCCCGCUUUGGACUGCAGAGCGCACCGACCUGUCCCUGCGGAAAGUAGUGCGAGAGCGUCGCACACUUCCUCACUGAGUGCAUCUUGACGCGCGAAGUCACGGACGAGAUAAAACAGUGUGCCAUGCAACCACUAACGCCGCAGGUGUAUCCUCUGCUGCUACGAAGCGCGCGAAUACGGGCGCUAUUAGAACGACUUGCACGAGCGCUCGUGCAAGUGUCUGGCCGGCCGGUUCCAUCGGGCUCUUGAUUUUCGCUGCAAAACAAGGUAUUUCACAUUCGGCAUCUCUAAAUUUUAGCAGGGGUUCUUUUUAAACGUGCAGGGACUCGAUUCGGCGCAAAAACCGGGCGGGGUAGGGCUUUAUUUUCGGUUUACGAGUGAAUCCUUGUUCGGCCGUCCACCGGGCACAAUAUGGCUAGGGCUCAUACCCCUUGAGCCCCGGCCAUGCCCCACACGCGCAAGAGCAAGCCCGCGUCGCCGUCCCGCUCGCCCCCGCGGCCCCCGGCCGCCGGGGGUUCGCCCCGCUCGCGGGACUCCGAGUUUUCCGAGGACGGCGACGCGCUUGUUGCGCGUUUCAGUGCCCUUGUGGAUCAGCUCCACGUCACCGCGGAGGAGAACCGGCCCCCGGCCGCCGAUGGCGAGGAGGACGACGCCCAAUCCUCCGUUUCGGGGGUCACGGCCGUGGCCGCGGCGCGACCGGCGGGCCCUGCGGGCGGUGCCGAGAGGCGGUGCCAGGACAUCCAGGACGAAGUGUUCGCCUUCUGCUCGGCGCCUGCGAACAAGGUGCCGGUUGACGCUCGCCUCUUUGUCAUGCGCAAGGUGUCCGAGCUGGUCGCCCUGUGCUCCGGCCUGAUGUCCGAGGCGGCCGCGGAGCGUGGCGCGGUUGCGGCCCUGCGGGGCCAGCUCGCUGAGGUGCGCCGGGAGGUCGCCGCGGUGCAGCGAAGGGCGGGCGUCGCCGAGUGCAGGCUGGAGAGCCUUGUCGGGGCCGUGACUGACCCUGCGUGUGCCGGCCUUCCUGGCGCCGGGUUUGCGGCGGCGGUUGGCGCCGCGGCGUCGGAGGCCGGGCGCCUGUCGUCUGUUGGCGCCGCGGGCGCGUACGCUUCGGGCGCCGGGCCGAUGGCGCCCGGUGCGGCGAGUUACGCCGCCGCCCUGCGGUCGGGCGGCUUCCUCGAUGCCGGCGCGGCGCCGGUUGCGCCCGGAGGCGCGGCCCGGGGGCCCGCGCAACCCCUGCACGACCACGUCUGUUUCCUGACGCCGACGGCGCAGACGACCGCGCCGGCGAGGGAUGUCGUCCGCCUCCUCAAGGCGAACAUCGAUCCUGCGGCCAAGGGUAUCAAGGACGUGUCCCUCCGACACACCCGGUGGAGUCGGAGGCAACGGACAAGUCAGCGGGCGGCAGAUGGCGAGGGGACGAAGCGAUGUCCUCGGUCUUGGUGGCGGCUCGUGCGCUUGCGCGAGACUUCUGUUUGCGAGUCCAGGCGCGUCUGUGCGAGAUCGAGGGAAAUCGCACGAUCAAUUAUGGCGGUCGGCUGCUUUUCACGUCCUGCACCCGAGAGCAGUGGGAGGGCGGCCUUCCCGACGGCGCGUGCAAGUACCGACGGGCACUGAUCCCAGAGGCACGGGCCGUGGGCCGUCGCCGCAGACUCCGUGACAAGCAGCGCCUUCACGACUUCUCCUUUGCUGUCAAUAAAGAUGUUUCUAUCAUCAUCCC